CGCAACGGCUAUGGUCGACGUCCACCUCUCGUCAACCUCAACCAUGGUAAAAACUCUGGCGGUACAAUGGUGGGCUGUAGCACGAGAAAUCGCAUCCUCUUUUUCGGCGGCGACGUCUCUCGCGAUCUUGGUAUGUUUGGAAGGAAUGCUGAAGGCACGGCACCGCUGGUUCGACUUUCGCCAUUGCCCGUCCGUCAGCCUUCUGGGUGCCAGCCGCUCAGCGCUCAGUUCAAACGACUCGACCUCUUCGCACAGACUAUCCUAUCCAAACAUCCUAGUAUCUUUUCUUUGUCUCUGAGCCCCCGUACAAGACGCCUCCCCUCAUGGUCUCCACCGGCCUGCACCCGGACGCCCACCAGCUGCAACCUCCGAACCAUCGUGGCAGGUUCAUGCGCGUCAGGCUUCGCGACGCUAACGGUACCGCGCCCUCGGGUCCUAGCCAGCUCGCGUCGAGUCCAUCCUACGCUAGCUUGUCUACGGACACUUCGAACAGCUCUCCAGGACCGCAGCCGCUCUCCGCGACUUCUCCUCCCUCGAGCACGCUUCCACACCCCGCCGACUCAAGCUCUAGCCCAAGUCCGCCCGUGCCCAGCGGAUAUCAGCCUGAUGAUCCCAACCAAAUAGGAGCCUCUGCCAUCGUCAUCGUCGUCCUCGCCGCUGUUCUCUUGGCUGCUGUCGUCGGCUCCCAGCUAUACAGAAGGAAAGGCAACGGCGCGACCGCCGCUUCCCUCAGGUGCUGCCUCGCCCGCCCUAAGCCCUUUCCUCCACAUGCACCCCCCGCCGAUUCCGAUUCAAAGGAGCUCAAGGCCCCGAACUCAAAGACCCUUUCUCCGACGACGACAGCUGUCCCCUCCUCAGCUAGCAUCACCAGUAGCCCCUUAUCGGCCGCUCCAAACACACCGACACCGACGCCCCCAGCGGCGCGGGACAUCUUCCACCACCAGUCCGCGUCCACGAGGCGCUCGGACUCGGCCGCGUCUCUCCUACGCAAAAAAGCCGCGUCGCUCUUGCCGGGCAGCCGCUUCACGGAGGUCGAGGACAGCGUCUCGCACACGAUCACGCUGCGCGCGCUGCAGGCUGCGAACCCGUCUAGCUGGACGACGGCCUCGUCGUGUCUCUCGGAGGCGCAGUACUUGAACUUCCACGACGGCGAUGAUGAUUUCUGUGUCGUGGGCUUUGGGACUGCUGCUGCUGCUGCUGCUGGUGUUGGUGUUGAUGUUGAUAUCGCCACUACUGCUGGGAGCCCCCGGCCGCACGAACGAACGGGGAGCCAGACGGCCAGCGAGAUCGCAGUUCGCCUUGGGCAGGCGUUCCACGCGACUACAUCGGCUUCUUUGUCUUCUUCGUCUACGACUGCGUCUGGGUCGCUGGAGGGCGACAUUCAGCCCGAGCCCCACUCGAGCCUGAGCAGGCCUUCGCACGAGGGCUCGCGGCGGGGGUCGUUCCUGAGCAUGUGCACGCAGGAGCUCGACGACCGCGGUAUGGACCGGGCGGAGGCCGGGGACACACCGUGGACGCUGCCGGCGCUUGAUCGGACGUACUUUGGCACGGAGCGCGAAGAGGCGGAUGGAUCGUUCGUCUCUACGCUCGAAGGCGAGCCGCCGACUCCGCGGACGCUCGUGGGCCAUCCUACUCCCCGCUAUCAUCAUCACCGUCUUUCUACGGCUGAGAACUCGCCUCGAACACUCGGAUACGACUCGCCCUCGGCACGCACGUUCGUCCAGCCGACGUCGCCUUCGCCCUCUGGCGGAGGCGGUGGUAGCGGCAGCGGCAUGAGCCCGAGCAAGUCCAUAAGCCACAUCUCGUUCGGCAUGGACUCGUGGGACGGCGGCCACUCCGCCGAGAACGAGAACGACGACUGCGCGUCGACGCGCGACGCCGUGGUGCUGUACGAGUUCAAGCGCGCGCAGACGCGCAGCGUGCAGCUCCAAGCCGAGCGCGCGCACCUCGUCUCUGUCGGCUCGCCCGACCGUACCCAAGCUACGGACGGCGACAGCAGCGUUGGCCUGCUCUCGGUGUCGCCGCCCUCCGGUGCUAGGGAGCCGAGCUCGGAUCUGUUGGAUGCGCUGGAGACGGGCGGCGGCGGGGGUGUUAGCGUCUUUAGGGAGUGUAUGUCUUCCGGGACGUUGACGUCUAGCUUCAGUCUGGGCGACUUUCCGCUGCCGCCGACGCGUAUUCCGACGAUGUGAAUUUUGGUGGCUGGUUCUGGAUGGUUCGUCCGUAUUUUUUUUUGCCUUUUCUUCAGACCACAUGCACGAGCGCCGAUCGUUCCUACAUCUACUAUACCAUUUACAUGCCAGUGUGAUACUACUGUUUCUUUUAC